CCUCUUCAACAGAAACACGCUCAAGUCACAUUGUAGCUGUUGGCUCCACGUUGAAGCUCACAGCUCGGUCAGCAUCUCUCACAACUGGUUCUUCUCUGAGGACAACAAGACACAUUUGAUUUGUACUUUCCACAACUUUUGCCACCACUCUUUAUAUGAGCUCAACAUGACGUUCAGGAGGCUGAAGAAGGUGAACUCUAGCGGGCCAGAGAGUGGACCCGCAUCUCGAGACAGCGACAUUUAUUUCCCCUCGUCAAAGUCCGACAGCUGCAGGACUGUGGACUUACCGACGAACCCCUCGGAGGUUUACAACUACAAGACUUUGGCUUACUCUGGAGGGACGCUGCCCAGAAACCUCAAGAAGGGCGGCGGGCUGCAGAAGUGGAAACCCUUAACACUGACACCAGAACCACAAAGAAAGGUGGUGGUCCUGGAGAAAAAUGAAGAGGAGUCGUUUGGUUUUGAGAUCCAGACUUACGGGCUGCACCAUCAAGACCAAAACUCAGUGGAGAUGUGCACGUUUGUGUGCAAGGUGCACGAUGACAGCCCGGCCCAACAGGCAGGACUUAAAGUUGGGGAUACCAUCGCGAGUGUGAACGAGGCCACCGUGGAGGGAUUUCGGCACAAGGAGAUUGUUCAGCUCAUCCGGGCGUGCGGCAACACACUCAGGCUGGAGACGGUUUACAGUGACUCAAUCCGAAAAGCGGAGCUGGAAGCCCGGCGGCAGUAUCUGAAGCAAACUCUUCACGAGAAAUGGGAUGAAUAUCGGUCGUUGAUGGUGCAGGAGCAGAGGCUUGUUCAUGGCAUAGUGCUCAGCGAUGCUGCGGUCUACGAGUCCCUGGAGUCAGCAGGGGUGUACGGCAGCCUCGGCACUCCCAGCCCCGCCACUCGGAGAGCUCUCCACUGCACCGGCAGCACCAGCAGCAGCGCCAGCUUUCUCAGCACGGCCACCGAGGACGACCCUCUCUACCAGACCUGCAUGUACCCGGUGGACCGCAGCGUGGACUCGGUCAGCGCCACCGCAGACGAAAAGAAAGAGCAGCAGAAACCGCAGCAGCGGCUCCGACCGGCCAGCGAGCUCUUCACGCCAGCCAAGACGCAGCUGACCCGCAGCGCCAGCACUCGCAGCUACAUGAGGGGAUCUUCGUCGCCGUCGUCCACCUCAGGGGAGAAGCAGGGAGGAUUCAACUCGCUGCAGAGGAAGCCCAAACAGAAGAGCUUCCGCAGGCGCCUCCUCAAGUUCAUCCCGGGCUUGAACCGACCGCUGGAGGAGGAGGAGAGCAAACUGUGAGCAGCAAACGGAGCUGUUCACCUCAACUUUGCAGACCCAAAGACUUAAAAGCACCACUGACUGUCGAACUAAAUUGCCAAAGAAAAAAGCAGAGACCAAAGUGUAUGGCUAUACAGUUGCACUUCUCCAUGUUUGACCAAUGAUCAUGUGGCUACGUUAUAGCCCUCAAUGUUUCACAGCUGUAAAUAACUUUUGUUUCCUUUUUGUUCUUUAAGUUAUUUAUUUAUUUUAACAUGUAACUGUACAGAAUGAAGGAUUUUUCAGUUUUUACUGCAUGCACCAACUUUUAUUUUGACAUCUGAGGGAAAUGACCGUUACAAUUUGUCAUUCUGCAACGUGACAUUUAAUAAGAGACAACUGUGAUAUCUACUUUAGAUGAUUCAUAUUGAUCCUCUUUUGUUUUUUUCGUCGAAGUCUAAGGUUCCUAAAAAUAAAUGUUCAUUUUCAGAUUUUACUCUCGUUAUUUUGUGCAGAACUUGUAAGAAAAGCUUUUUUUAUUCCACAAGCCACAACUGUUUGUGGGAAUUGUAGCUGCCAAACUUAAAUUAGCACAAAGACCUCGAGUGUACACACAAUCUGUUUGUAAUUUUCGCCUAUAGAGAUGUGUCCUACUCCAUGUGAUACUUUUAAAUAUAGCAAGCCUUCAAGGUUCCACAACUCUUCCUCCAUUUUAAGAAUGUUAUCACUCGAGUUCUGGAGGUGAACGUCUGGCCUCGGAUGGUUUGAGGCUUUUUGUGGUGCGAGGUAUCCAGAAGGGAGGCUGUUGUUUCGGCUAUGAGACAGCUUAUUGUUGGGAUGAUAGUGAGGAAUGUGCGGAGAAAGGCAUGACCCAAAAUUCCAAACGCAACCGCUUUCUUUCAGCUCCUGCAAACGAAUGCUGAUUCUUCCACGCUCGCAUAUUCCCAUGGUGGCUUCAGUUGUCCAAGAGCUCACUGUGUGUGUGUGUGUGUGUGUGUGUGUGUGUGUGUGUGUGUGUGUGUUGGACGGGGGUUUGUUGGAGUCUUUUCAUUCCUGGCUCCCAGCUGACCCAUGAGGUCAUGGUGGUCACUCUCUCCAGCGUUGAUCUCUUUUGUCCUCUGCCGCUCAUUCACAGAUGCGUCAGGAGUGUUGAUGAUGGUGAACGACGGUAUGUGGCCAUGUGUUAGAGCCGAGCCCUCCGACUGUCGUGGGCCCAUUAAGGAAAAGCAGGGAGGGGGUGACAUAAGGGAUUGUCAUGCAAGCUCGCCGGGGCUUGAAACAUGGGUUUAGAGCGACUGGGCAGAAUGCAUAACGAGGGGAUAAUUAUUCAAGAUGAUGGUACACUAAAAACAAUGUUUGAAAGGGCCAUUUAACAGAGACAAUGCCUAAACAAGGAGGGUGCUCAGCAAUUAGCCCAGUGGGCCAUUAGUAUAGGGGGGAUGGCUAGCCAAUAAUACUGUUUCAAAUGUUUGGAUGUUGCCUGACUGCUAAAACACCACUGUUGAUCCAAAGACUAUGCGGUGAAUUUGUUUUGCAGCAGUGUGUUUGAGUUUGAACUGCAGAUGGAGGUCAGUGUCUGCUUCCUGAGUGGAUUUCCCCCCACUAUUCCAAGUAUGAUUACUUAUUUAGUUCUGAAAGGCUGAAUCAGUUUCUCUCCAGGUGUUCUCAAAAGAAAACGAUCAACAAAAUGACAUACUGGUGUUUAAAAGCAAAAUACUGCAACAGAAAAUUCAUUCAUGACAGCUAAAAAGAGAGAGCACUUUCAUUUAGUGGAGAUGGAGAUCAUGGCUACAAAUAAUUAAUAAACGGUGAACACCAUAUUUUAGAGUUAUCAAAUGUCUUGUCCAAAAACUCCACAAUAAUAUAUGACCAAGAACGUUCAACCAUGAAAUGUUUGGCAUUUUUGCUUUUGCUCGAUUCAUUUUCUGUCGAUUGACUAAUUGAUUUCCAAAAGUGAAAAUGUCUUUCCUCGUUUUUGUUGAGGAGCAUAAUGCAGGAUAAGAAAGCCAAAGAGCUCAUUUUCUGCAGUCAUCCAAAAGCCAAUGGGAAAAGUCCCAUUGGCUUUUUGUCUCGGGACCCAGUGCGAUGCUAACUUCCGAGGUCGGACUGAUUUCUGAAUUUGCAGUCUUCAGACACUAAAAAACUGUACUGACCAGUCCGGUCCUGUAACCGCCAGUCAGUGGUGUGAAAUGAGAAGAGGAAGCAGAAGGCCCUGCAGGACGCAGUUGAGCCUCUGUGGUCAAACAGCUCAGAGUGCUCUUACUCAAGCAUGGCGUGCGUCACAGUUUCUGAUGGGCCGUUAGUGCCUCUGGUUAAAUUAAUGGAUCAGUGCAGAUGUUCUUGUUUGUUAAAAUUAAGGAAGCGGUUUGGUGGUUGUGCUCAACACUCACAUCAUCUAUAAACACUUGCACAGAAAAGGCACCAGACAAAACCACCAAUCUUAUUCCCACGCAAGAAAUAUUCCCAUGUCAAGCAGAAAUAUUCCUCAAAAAGUUGUGUCUUAAAGUAUGGGAGGCCUGUUGUCUGUUGUGCCUGAUAGUGAUAUAGGAGAAUGAGUGGAUUGUCAAGGCACAGGAUGUGGUUGACAAAUGUGACAGAAAUCCACCAUAAAGAUAAGAGAACACAACGGUUGAAUAAAGACAGCAUGGCAUGCACGUGAUUAUCUCCAUGUUUGUCUGUCCCUGUGUGUGUUUAACAAAGAGAGAGAACAGGUAAUGUGCCGUUAAAGGAGAAAGCACGACACCAGACUGGACACCUGCCUCGAGAGACAACAGGUGAGAAUUAACAUAUUCAGGGUCAAAAUUUAUAGACAAUAAUAAUCCUUUACUUCUAAAAAUGUCCAUAAAAGAGUGAUUUUAGCACCAUCAAGGGGAAACGAAACUGUCCAGCGUGACUUGAGUGAAUCAGUACACUAACGCUCCUCAUAAUCAGUAUCUAAGGUAAAGAUUCUGCAUUUUGUUUCCCAGCAGCAGCAG